CAAACAGUCACUGUCUUGUGUGAUUGUGUCUGGAGUCAGGUUCCCGCACUGAACCCGGAAAACUCGAGCAGAAACAAACUGACGUGAUGGCUGCCAUCAGUAAGAAGCUGGUGAUUGUGGGCGACGGCGCGUGUGGGAAAACGAGUCUGCUCAAAGUCUUCAGUAAAGAUCAGUUUCCGGAGGUUUACGUGCCCACCAUAUUUGAAAACUACGUGGCCAACAUUGAAGUGGACGGGAAACAGGUUGAGUUGGCAUUGUGGGAUACGGCAGGUCGGGAGGAUUACGAUCGCUUGCGGCCACUCUCUUAUCCUGAUACUGACGUCAUUCUCAUGUGUUUCUCCAUCGACAGUCCCGACAGUCUCGAGAACAUUCCUGAGAAAAAGACCCCAGAAGUGAAACAUUUCUGUCCAAACAUUCCCAUAAUCCUGGUGGGCAACAAGAAGGACCUGCGGAAUGAUGAACACACUCGCCGUGAACUCUUCAAGAUGAAGCAGGAGCCCGUGAAACUGGAGGAGGGCCGCGACAUGGCCAACAGAAUCUCUGCCUUUGGAUACAUGGAGUGCUCUGCGAAAACGAAACAUGGCGUGCGGGAGGUUUUUGAGAUGGCCACCAGGGCGGCGCUGCAGGCCAAACGGGGCAAGAAGAGCAAUUAAUGUGUGCUGCUGAAAAUGGACUGAACGCAACUGGUAUUUUAUUUCUUUUAAGUGAAAUCGGUUCAGUUUGUGUCAGUAUUUAAAUAAUCGUGUUCACGUUCAGUUGAACGCGCUCGCACAGACGUUUAUUGUGCCGCUGCAGAUAUGCAACAAACAUUUAAAACACAUCAGGACCAACACACACUUGGACGAGACUUGAAAUUCAUGUAUUUUCUUUGAAAGCAAACAGGAUUUGGUAUCUUUGUGUAUUAAAACCUUUAUAAGAAACUUUUGCUGAUUUGAGUCUUCAGUGUUUGUCUUUUUUGUAUUUUUUUUAUUGGAUUUAAGUAUGUUAAAUAAACAGACUGUAGAGCUGUU